GCCUGUUGGAUACAGUAUUGGUUAUUCUGCUAAUAACGUAACUACGCUGCGUUUGCAUCCCAAGUUACGGAGGUGGGGUUAGUGUGCAGGUUCUUGAUCUUAAGCAAGACUUCACUUGGUCCAGCAGGCGUGCAGGUAACAGGAGUUUUGAAGAAGAGAAAGGUCAACUGUCGGGACUUCUGAGAACGUGGUGGUUUGCUGCUAUUAGUCCAACUGUCUUGGAAAAAAGAAUCGGGUGCACAUACCGUACAUAGUGCAUUGACGCAGUUAGAAGACGGUCGAGCUCAAUCAGACGACAUCGGAAGCACAGAACGAAAUGGGGAAUGUGGAAUCACAUCAAGAGAAGAAGCCACUGGACGUUGCGGCAAUAGACGACCCACAGGACAAGGAGUUCGGAAACUAUGACUUCCCGUUUGAGAACCUGGUGAUAGAGGGAGGAGGGGCCCGAGGAGUGGCGUAUGUUGGCGCGCUGAGGGUUCUGGAGUCUGCUGGAAUCCUGACGAACAUCAAACGAGUGGCGGGGGUGAGCGCAGGAGCCAUCACGGCGACGUUCGUGGCCCUGGGACUGAGCUGCGCGGACGUGGCACAGGAGGCUGACGUGGAUCUGGGCAAGAUUCUCAUCUCCGGAGGAUACAUGCAGAAACUGGUCAAACCAGUCAACCUGUACAGACGCUACGGAUGGGAAACAGGUGACGGGUUCUCCCAGUUCUUUGGAGGCAUCCUGGAGAAGUUCACACGUAAGGAAGGCCGUCCUGGGAACCCAGACGUCACCUUCAAGCAGCUGUACAAAAUGAGCGGAAUCGAACUCUGCAUCGUGGUGACAAACUUGGACCAGAUGACGGAGGAAUACUGCCACGUCAAGACCACGCCCGACCUGCCCAUCCGUAAGGCUGUCAGGAUGUCCAUGUCCAUCCCAGGACUAUUCCAGCCGGUGAUGACCGAUUACCAUGGAGACAAAGAGUUCUACGUGGAUGGGGGGGUGAUCUGUAACUAUCCUCUCCACGCCUUCGAUGGCUGGUGGCUCUCCAUGGAGGAGGCUGACUCGUUGUUCAGCAGACUGGAUGACCUGGCCAACCUCAGCCGUGCCAUGCACCGCUCCAACCGCUUCGAACCGGUCAACCCCAAAACCAUCGGCCUAAUGCUGUAUUCUGAAGACGACAUUGAGCAGUACCAGCAAGUUCUCUGUGACCGUCUGACGCAGGAGGAAAGGCUGUAUGAGAAGAAAAGACCUGACACCGAGGCAGUCAGGGCUUACCAAGAUAAGAGAACUGUUGAAACUGUCGAAGCCAUGGAGAACAGGAAGAAAAUCCGCGGACUGAUCGACAAGUUUCUGACAAGUCUGAAGAGCCAUAACAUAAAGCAGACCUCGACUAUCACUAGGGAGGAACUGCGCAGGGCUUUUACAGAGGCAGGAAAUGACUCACUGACUGACAAAGAAAAGCAGAAGCUGUUCGGGGAGUCUUACUCGGUAGACCAACUCUUCAAUCAGAUGGACGCUGACAAAGAUGGGAUGCUGACCUUCCAGGAGAUCCACGAGUUUUUCACCAACCGCGGCUUCAGCUGGCUGACUCGCAGUAUGGAAGAGAGGCGGGCACAUGUCACCAGUCUCAAAGACUACACCCUCAAGUACAUGGACCUUCUCGGGGUUCUGGGGAAGAAAGUCUAUCGCAAGGUUUACGAUAUGGACAGGACUAUCGGAGUGGACAGUGACUACGUGAAGACAACAGACUUUAAGCUGGAGGACGAGGAUAAAAUGUUUCUCUUCAAGCGUGGAGCUACCGGUACCCGAGCCUUCCUGCGCACGUACAUCGAGAAGAACAGCAUGAGGCCGGCUACGUCUACUGCAAAGCGUCGCUGGAAGAAGUUACAGCGCUGUGUGCUGUUCGCUCCGAGACUGAAGAAAGAGCCCGAGCAGGAGAGCCCUUCUACUCUCUUUUAUAAUUGGACAUAACCAAUCGAAUUUGCCUUGAAUGUGCAUGUGUGUUGGUAGAAGUCAUUAUGAAGUAAGUUCAAACUGUAAUUUCCAACACAUCUGAGCUGACAUCUAAGAUCUAGUUCCUGCAGCGGAGUUUCAAAGUUUGAGUUAAAAUUUUCAAGAAGUGUAAGGUUUAUGAUAUUUAAGUAGUCGAAAGCUAUUGGGACUGGGAGUAUGUGGUGUAAUUUUGGCCUCCUAGCAGCUUCGUUGGAACUGUAGUGGGCGUUUUGUUUUUAGUUUGGUUGCAAAUAACUGGAGCACGGGUGGAUGUUUUUUCAUUGUUUUAGGUAGGUAGGUGCCUCAGGUAAAGAUAAAAAUAAUGAGAUGAAUAUUAUACAAAUAAUCUGAUUUACAUAAGAAAUGAGGCAAACAUAUUUUGUGAUGGGCUUAAUGAUAACAAGUUUACUUGUGUUGGUAGAAGUAAUUAUGAAGCAAAUUUAAACUGUAAUAAAACUGAAAUUGGACUUGCAACUUCAGUCUUUGUCAAGAAAUGAGCAAUACACCACACCGUGAUGAAGCACAUGUUGCAGAAAGUCUGUGACGCUCCCCGUCUUUGUUGAGUGCACGCUGGUAAGGGAGACAUUGACUGGAGUUAUGCAGUAAAAGAUUUAUAGGUUUAUUCUAAUUUCUUGUGUUGGUUAUGGGAAAUUACUGCAAACUUUCUUCAUAACUUAGACUUGAAGUCUUACAUGUAAGUUAUUUUUCUUUUGCCAGUAAUGAUAAUUUUUCACAAAAUAACAUGUAACCUGUCAUGAUCUUUAGUCAUGUGUGAGACUCGAUAAUAAAUACUAGUAACGUAUCUUUUGCUUGACUACUGCACUCUGUCAUGACUCCUUUUCUGUCAAUCAAAAAUCAUUCCACUCCAGUUAUCAGGUAAUUGAGCACUUCUGUAUUUUCCACAUAAUUUCACACAUUCUGCAAAUUGACAAUUACGCUGAUUCUUUUUCUGCAGUCACAUUACAUUAUUUUCAUAUUUUCAUCAAAAUUCACAUAAUAAAUGUCAUAUCUAUACACUUUCACAAUAAUGUAGUUGUAUAUGAAAUUCAAGUCUUUGAAGAAGUUGGAAUAUACAAUACAUGUAUAAGUGGGAAAAGGGCUAGAUUUUAACAUGUUAGCAAACAUUUACAAUAACCAGGUAAGGCACUACUUUACAUUUUUAAUUACAUCACAUUCUGUGUAUGUAAAAAAUGAU